GUCGUCAGCGAUGCGCGCGCUCGCUGCGGUCGUCACGCUCGCGGCGUGCUCGAGCCUGCACGCGCUCGAUGCCCCGCCGCCCGCGCAGCCCCGCGACCGCGUCACCCGCGUGCUACUCUCCACACUCGGGAUCCCCGACACCAGCCCCGUUCACCGCCUCCUCGACUGCGGACAAUCCUUAGGCCUCUCGAAAUGCGUUAACGCUCUCAGUGUCUGGCGCGCGGAAAACGCCAUCGAACUCCUAGAAACAGGACGAGCGGCCCAGUUUGACUUGCGGGAAGACGUCAAGCGGUUCCCUUGGCGGCUGUACAGCAAUGUCUCCGACGAGCAGCUGUCCUCCCAGCUGACUGACAGCACGGAACAGCUGCUGCGCUAUCGGUCGCUCUCCCUCGCAAUACCCGGAUACUCACUCGAACUGGAAUCUAAAGGAAACGGGACCAUAAAUGUCGAUAUUUUGAAAAGCGACAGUCCGGGCUCUGAGCGGAGUAUGAAGAAAAUUCAAAAAGACUUCUACAAUAUAUUGCCGAUACUGAUAAUUCCUGGACUGAUAAUGUCGGCUGUCUUGCCUUUUGUGUUGCCAAUGUUGAAAAUGAUGACCGUCGCGGUGGGGAUGCUCAACAACAUGGCACUAUCAGGCGCUGUGUUCACGCUGCUCAGAAAUAACGCCUUUAGCGAUCAUUAUGAGAAGAAAGUUAUUUAUGUAAAUGAGGGCUAUAAGAACGAGAAGUUUUCGCCAGUUUAUUACAAGGAUAUACCUUUGGACAUCGGUCAUUUAGAUGGCAUUGAGAUUGACUACAGUAGUAGUAAUAUGCAGCCUGUAGCUGUGCCCUUAAACGGAGGUGGUCACAGCAACUUAGGCGGCCACAGCAACCUAGGCAACUUAGGUGGCAGCAACUUAGGUGGUAGCAACUUAGGCAGCAACUUAGGCAACAACCUAGGUAACAAUCUAGGUAAUAAUAACCUGGGUGGUAAUCUGGGCGGUAACCUGGGUGGUAACCUAGGUAGUAACUUACAUGACCUGGACUUAUUGCCUAUGCAGGACUAUAACGAUAACGACUGGAUCAAUCAGUACUAUGGAAACGCAGAUUCAGGUGGUCAAAAGAUAAAACGAAACAGUAAAGAUAAAACCAGACGAUAUCGCCAAUAAAGGUCGUUGCGGUAUCGUUGAAUCCAGUAAGCAGUAUUCUUGCCCAAAUUGAUUUAGAAAUAAGUAUCACUAGUCUAUGAUGUAUAGCUCUCUCGUAUAUGUGACAUCUAUUAAUUUAAUAUAAUUUAUUGUUAAUUAAUAAAAUAAUUGUAAAUAAUUAUUAAGGUUUGUCAAUAAAUUAUUUAUUAAAUGUU